CGUCGGUUGGGAACUGUUAUAUAAAUAUACAGCUGAGACAACAUUUCGCCAUUUCAUGUGCAUUAAUACAGGGAAAAUGUUGUCGGCAUUAAACAUUGUUUUUUUAUUAUUCUGCGAAAGUGCUUUAAGUGAAAGGGUACUAUGUGCCUUCACAGAUGAAAAAUGUUUAACAGAAAGUUGCGAACGAGCCUUUAAGAAUUUCAUAAAUAGCAAGAGUGGAGUUGAUUCUUCCGACCCGAUGCAAUUGGAUUCAAUGACAAUAGAUUUGCCUAAAAUUAAAUAUGGUGCACAAAACAAUACCUUCUUGGGAAUGUCCAAUUGCCAUGUCGUACUAACUCGAAUUUCGACUGAAAGGAGUAAAUUUAUGUACAACAUCUCCUGUCCAAGUCUUAGUAUGAAGCUGGAUUAUGAUAUGAAAGAUCAACUAGGAUCUAAGAACGUCGAUGAAAAAGGAAAUUGUGUAGUCAGCUUUGAUGACUAUCUACUAAGAUUUGUGGGAGACUAUAGCCAAUACAACGGUAUUGACAACAAAAUUCAUCUUACAAUCAAAAGUUACAAAUUCACGCCUGACAACAAGGCAAGGGUGCAUUACGAAUGUAAAAAGCAAUCCAGUGGCGAUAAGCAAAACUCUACCGACUGGCGUGACACACAUCAACAAGCCGCAAAACAUUUGCUGCAGAGUUUCAUGGCAAAAUAUAUGAAUAAAGUUAAUCAUUUCUUGGAAAGCAAAUCGAGUGAUGAGAUAUUCUACCAGAAAUAACAAAACUUGCAAUUUGAAUUAUAAUAUGUGUACCUAUAUGUAUAGAAAUUAAUAAAUUACUGAUAUUUU